UUACGUAGUGAAUACGGAACUUGAAAUUGCAGAAUCGGGUAUACAUACUCAAUCACUGGAAGUCUUGUUCACUUUUGCGGCGCCAGCGAAGACCCCGCCUUUCUAUAUGUAUGUUACAUGCUGUGUGCAUUUUUAUAGUUUGCAGCAAUUUAUCGUUUACAUGCAAAGCGUGGACAUUUUCCGGUCGCCUGCAACAGAGGAAAGGCAGUUUCUGGCGGCCAAUGAGCAUAAUGUGCAAGCAAAUGCGUGGGAAGGGAUUGUAUAUGUAUGUACGCCAGGCUAUGCGCCUCGGUGCGUCAGGCCACCAGUUGGACGGCCAGGCAAGACAGUUUUCUAAACAAAACAAGCGUUGACCCAGUAGGGCGAGAUUAGCCAAAUACUUGUAAUAAUAAUAG